GGGGUUGUUGUCCGACACCUGCAGGAUCGGCGGCGCUGUGUCAACACAUAAAUACUUGAGGUCGGGACGGUCAAGGAUUGUCUCCAUCCAUUCCCUUCAAUCUCCCGUUUUCAGUAUCGGUAAAAAAAACAACAUUUAGCAAGAUGAGCGUCACAUUCCAGGUCUUUCGUGGGUCCGCCGAGGGCAAAAUCGUCGCCGAUAAAGUCACUCGCACCCUCGAACACAACGAAGUAUUCGUUGAAACGCUCGUGUCGGGCAUGUGCGGAACCGAUGUGCACUAUCUGAAGGCAGGACUGGUAUUGGGACAUGAAGGUGUCGGUAUCGUGAAAGCUGCCGGACCGAGCGUUACCACAGUGAAGGUCGGCGAUAGAGUUGGGUUCGGUUAUACUCACGCCAUUUGCGGCCAUUGCGACAAUUGCACUAAUGGCUGGGAUCAGUAUUGUCGGACCGUCAAGCUAUACGGUAGUAGCGACUUCGACAACGGUACCUUUAGCUCUGGAGCUGUUUGGGACGCCAAUAGUGUCUAUAUCAUCCCAGAGGGAUAUGAGUCGGUCUAUGCGGCACCUUUGGUUUGCGCAGGGGCUACCGUGUGGAGUGUUUUGACCAAAUUCGGUAUCCAAUCGACCGACCGUGUUGCUGUUCUGGGCAUUGGAGGUCUCGGGCAUCUGGCAAUCAAGCUUGCGUCUGCAUUGGGAUACCACGUUGUUGCUCUGUCGAGCUCCGAGGCCAAGAGACAAGAGGCGAAAGAAUACGGUGCCUCUGAGUAUCACGUCUUCCGAUCCGGCCAGGCUCCCAAGGAUAUGGAACCGAUCAAGCAUUUGAUCCUCACGGGAAGUGCAGAUAUUGAUUACUCGACAUUGAUACCCAUGAUGGAUACUCUGAGUUCCAUUUAUCCCCUCACGGUAACCAGCGAGCCAUCGAAUAUCACAACACUGAGCUUGGUCACAAAAGGGAUUCGGAUCCAGGGUUCCAUGGUCGGAUCUCGACCGGUCAUUCGGAGUCUUCUUGAUUUCGCUGCUAAGAAGGACAUCCGCCCGACUAUCGAGACAUUUCCGUUGACCGCUGAGGGGAUCGAAACUGCGAUGCAGAAACUGAGAGAUGGUAAAAUGAGAUAUAGAGGCGUGCUUGUCAAGGAGUAAUUGGCUGGUUAUGUGAGCGACGAGGAGGCUAUCUUCAGCGAGGCUGUAGCAAAGAUGAAGGGAUGCUGCAGAUAUACCAAAGUUUCUGGGGUCAUAUUAGCCGGUUAUCUGUCCUCUUAUGAGAAACAAACCAAUUUGUAAGAAGUAUCCAGAUACAACAGAUUGGUGUGAUGGUGCUGUAUAUCUCAGUCUUCGAUUUGUACGGCAAAGGCUUUCCAGCACAAGAAAGGCUCGUGUUUGUAGGUGAAGAAAAGAGUUCCAGAGGGGGGAGCGGAAGGUUAACAAAGAUAUGUGACACCCCCAGGGAGGACCUUGUCGUCCAUUAUCCCGCGCAAUAUGUGGAUGGUCACUCAAGUUUAUCUGCCUUCAUACAAAAACAAUUCAAUAUUGACGAUAUCAUUAGCAGAUUCACUAUAUGAAGAAUAUCAC